AUGAAAAUCCCAGCCGGUGCAGUGUUGCCGCUUGCGCCUUGGAUCGCACCCAGGGCAGCACUGAGAGGUGUCCAGGAUAUCACCUCCGAGUCUGCCCAGGCUGUCAUCCGUGCUGCCGGCCCCAGUGCCAGUUGUGAAUGGUUCCCACAGCCGCUAGACCACAAGAACAUGAGCCGUGGAACAUGGCAGCAGCUGUACUGUGUCAACCCUCAGUGGUGGGUUGUUUUGAUGACGCCAGGGGAGAUGCCCAUUACAUCAGCCAUCAACUCCGGGUACGGAUACUCGUACUUGAGCAACACGACCAUGUCCGGCACGUACGCUGAGAUUCUCGGGGCAGCGGCGGUUGUGAUUGAGCAUCGAUAUUUCGGCGGAUCCUCCCCAUACGAUGGAUUUGAUUCCCGCACCCUCCAGUACCUCAGCAUGGAUCAGGCGGCUGAAGACAUUGUCAACUUUGCCAAGAACGUUGUGUUCCCAUUCGACAAGGAGCAGACCAGUGUGGCCUCCAAGACGCCCUGGGUGUACUGGGGAGCAUCCUAUGCGGCAACACUGGGCGGCUGGAUCGAGCAUUUCCAUCCUGGCGUCUUUCACGCCUUUCAUCUCAGCAGCGCCACCGUCGAAGCCAACACUGAGAACUGGUACUACUACGAUACUAUCAGAAAGGGGAUUGAUGCCUACCGCAAUGACACGAGCUGCAGUCUCGCUCUUACUGAAGUCGCCGACUUUGUUGACAAGUUCUUGCUCGAGUCACCUCAGGACGUGGCCAAAGUGGACGCGGUGAAGCAGUAUUUUGGCGCCACUUUCCCCAUUGCUGAUGACGACUUUGCCUAUGCCAUUGCUACUCCAUUCCGGUACUGGCAAGAGACAGGAGGUUACCGUGAUGUUCUCGAGAUGUGCGACGCCAUUGUUGGUCCCGCUGAUCCCGAAGAGCACGAGCUCCUCGGUACUAUUUCCGCUGCGGUCGGCAACUACGCCGCUUAUUUCAGAAUGAACUUCCGUGACUCAACAUGCACCUACCUGGACACCUGGGGCCAAGACGACCCGCUCUGGUGCCUCAACACGCACGACCUGCUGAACCCCUUCUUCGAGGCGCGCACGCUGGGCAACCCGUGGCGGACCUGGUACUGGUUCCUGUGCAACGAGCCGCUCGCGUCGUGGGCGACCGGCGCCCCGGAGGGCGAGCCCUCCAUCGUCUCCCGCACCAUCGGCGCCGCCUACUGGCAGCGCCAGUGCGAGAUGCAUUUCCCCCCCGUUGAUGGGCAGAAGUAUGGUAGUUCGAACGGCAAGACCCCGGCGAGUCUGAAUAUGGCGACGGGGGGGUGGUUGAGGAACUCGACGAGGGUCAUUUGGACGGGCGGCGAAUUCGACCCCUGGAGAGCCACCAGCAUGUCCAGCGAGGUUCGCCCCGGUGGCCCGCUUCAGUCGUCUGACAAUGUCGCCGCCUUCAUUAUAAAGAAUGCCCAGCAUGGUGACGACGCGUUCACCCCGAGGGCACUGGCCAACCUCGGUAUGAAGGUCAACCCGGAGGUGGUCAAGGUUCAGGAGCAGUCGAUCGAGCUUAUAAAGUUGUGGGUCAGCCAGUACUUGGUGGGCCAUGAUGGUGAGUAGGCCGGGGGAGGUUGGCUUUGCAAGCGGAAGGGGGUGUGAGUCAACAUCGAAGAUUGAUUGCCAUGUUGGCUUGACAAGAGAC